UGGGAGCCCUCCGUCGCUGCUGGUCGCUGCUCUGCUCGCCGCAGGUCACCGCAGGUCGCCGCCGUGAGUGCCGAGUCGUGUCCGGAGCCGCCCGGAGUCGCUUCGGAGGGAGUGCCGCGUCGCGUUCCGUCCGUCCUCGGUGCGCGAGGGGCGUGCGUGGCUCCCAGGAAAGGGUGCGUCCGCUCCGGAGGCAGGAAGUCGCGCGCGACCAGAGGGAGCACCGCGGUACCGGGUGUCGGCGCCGCGCUUUCGGCCGGCUCCGGAAGUACCCGCCCCCUGGGACACCGUCAUCCCGAGGGAGCGCACCGUGGCCAGCAUGGCAGGCCAGACCAUCAACGACAGGCUCCUGGCCGCCAGGCACAGCCUCGCCGGUCAGGGCCUCGCCAAGUCCGUCUGCAAGGCCACCACCGAGGAGAUGAUCGGCCCCAAGAAGAAGCACCUCGACUAUUUAAUACACUGCACGAACGAGCCGAACGUGUCGAUACCACAGCUUGCGAAUUUGCUGAUAGAGCGCUCGCAAAACACAAACUGGACGGUGGUCUUCAAGGCACUCAUCACGGUUCACCACAUGCUCUGCUAUGGCAAUGAGGUGAGUUUUCCAUUCUUUUUCUUUUUUUCCCUUUCAAUUUCCUUUUUCUCAUCCAUGCUCGAUGUCUCGUGGCUCGCAGCCGGAGCACGCGUUGGGUACGACAUGUCCCCGUUCAUCAGGCGGUACGCCAAGUACUUGAACGAGAAAGCCCUCUCCUACAGGACGGUGGCCUUCGACUUCUGCAAGGUUAAGAGAGGGAAGGAGGACGGCACCCUCAGGACGAUGAACGCCGAGAAGCUCCUGAAGACUCUUCCUGUACUCCAGGCCCAGCUGGACGCUCUGCUCGAGUUCGACUGCACGGCGAACGACCUCACGAACGGCGUCAUCAAUAUGGCCUUCAUGCUCCUCUUCAGAGACCUCAUUCGCCUCUUCGCAUGCUACAACGACGGCAUUAUCAAUCUCCUGGAGAAGUAUUUCGACAUGAACAAGAAACAAUGUCGCGACGCGCUGGACCUAUACAAGAAGUUCCUCAUACGGAUGGACAGGGUCGGGGAGUUCCUCAAAGUCGCGGAGAAUGUCGGCAUCGACAAAGGAGACAUUCCCGAUCUCACGAAGGCUCCGAGCAGUUUGUUGGACGCUUUGGAGCAACAUCUCGCCUCGAUGGAAGGGAAGAGGGGCUCUGCUGCGAACACGCCCACGCAGUCGGCAAGCAAUAGAACGAAUGUAAAGUCGGGAGUGUCCGCCCUGUCUUCCACCAGCACGGCGUUCGGAACGGCAGCCAGCAACGCGCGUCUCGAUCACACCGGAAAUGGCCACAUCGACGAGGCUUUGAGGCAACAGGCCCUCGCCGAGGAAGAGGCCGCCAUGAACCAGUACAAGGCUAAAGUACAAUCUCCGUCGUCCAGUGGACCCAGCACGAAUCCUUUCCUCAGCUCGCCCACUAACAACGCUAAUCAACCCAUUGUGGACCUCUUCGGAGCGGCACCUGCGACGGACGGACAGUCACAGAAAGCAUCCGAUGAUCUGCUGCAGCUGGCCGGCAAUCCGUUCGCGGACAUGUUUGGUGGACCGCAACCGACUGCUGCCCAGCCUGCCGCGGCCCAGAACAACAUGUGGAUGACCAACGGUAAUGGUUUCGCCGCGGCGCCCCCGGCAUCUAAUAACUUUGUUACAGAUAACAACUUCUCGUCCGUCUUCGGUAGCCAGGAUCAACAGUCGACAGCCGCAGGAUCGGCCGGGGCCGUGGCGAACCCCUUCGCGUCCGACUUCCCGGGGGCGCAGGCGCCGAACGCGGCCGCCCUGGGCCUGUUCGACCAGGGUGGCGCGCCCUCCGAGGCGGCGGGGGCCCCGGGCAGAGACCCGUUCGGCGCCGGCGGCCAGGGGGCGGCGGAUCUCUUUGGGGGCGGCGAGCCGGCAGCGCCGAGGGCCGCGGACGGGGCCGACGGAGACGGUGCCCCGGGCGCGCUCGCCCCCGGGGCAGCGCCCUCCGGGGGCCCGACGCCCGGCAAGUCGAGCGCGACGCCGCCUCCCAGACCGCCGCCUCCCGCGUCGGCCGCGGGCGGCACGCCGCGCGCCGUCUCGCCCGCCGUCGGCGGGGCCCCGGCCCCGGGUCCCACCCCUGCCAAGAGCGCCUUCGACGACCUCAACGAUAGCAUUCGCAUGGCGCUGGGUGGCUCCCCCGCGCGACCGCCUCCCAUGGGGCAACAUCAACCGCCGCCCCCCGUGCAGCAGCCUCCCGUCCAGCAGGGCUUCGCCGCGUUCGACAUGGGGCCCGCCACCCCGGCCUACGCCCUUCCGACCGGGCCCCAGGCCCCGCUCCCGCCCGGCUGCGGCUCCCCGGCCAGGCAGCCUCUGUCAGGUUUUGACGGCUUGGACUCGGUCCUGAUGCCCGCCACCACUGUGUCUGGAGCUAAUAACGUUUCAGCAGCGGGACAGCCGGUCAACACGGCCAGCACUGGCAAGGUCCUGACCGGCGACCUGGACAGCAGCCUCGCCAGCCUCGCACAGAACCUCACCAUCAACAAGAGCGCACAACAAGUCAAGGGCAUGCAGUGGAACUCGCCGAAGAACACCGCCAAGACCGGAGGUCCUGCCGGAUGGUCGCCGCAGCCGAUGGCGGCCACCACGGGAGCUGGUUAUCGCCCCAUGGGCCAAGGAAUGACGCAGCUUCCUCCGGCUACCACCCUGGGCUUUCCUCCCCAGUCCGCACCACUGGGUAUGCAAGGUAUGCCAAUGGGCAUGCAGGGAAUGCAGGGCAUGCAGGGCAUGAGGCCGAUGAUGGGUGCAAUGCCUGGUGCUCCUGCCGCCUCCGGCGGCAUGAUGGUUGCAGGGGGUGCGGCACCCAUCGGUAUGGGAGGCGCGAACCCCAUGAUGGGUGCUCCCCUUCAGCAGCAGCAUCCUCAACCCGCCGCUCAGCCGCAGGGCAAUGCUGUCCAGCUGGACCCCUUCGGUGCUCUGUGAAGGGACUAGGAAUUUAAUUGGAAUUAAUCGGACGAAGCACCAAUUCUGUAAAUACUGUGUAAUAAUGCCUACGAAAAGCGCCCAGCUAUCCUCCGGUCGAUCUACGUCAUCUCUCCGCCUUAACCCGAAGUGUACCGUCUCCGAGCUCUACAUCUCACCAUUGUGAAUAAGGUCGAAGCCCGCCAUCAUCGUUUCCACGGCAUUCCAGGAUGUUGAACACCGCGCCGUUUGCGAUUUAACGGCGGUGUAGAGUCUUCACGUAGAUGUGUAUAAAAUUGUAUAAGAUGGCCCGUAGUGCUUAUACAGGAUUAUAUAGAUAUAUAUAUAUAAAUAUAAAUAUAAAGUAGGGUCGCGCUAGCAAAGGGAUGAAGAAACGCGUCCGAGGACGCCGCGGUCGCCGAGUCGACGUCGCUCGUCGCGACGAGGAGGUCGACGUCGGUCGAGGUCGCCGCGUUCGCGACGACCAGAUCGAGAUGCUUGCCAAGAGAUGUAUUCGGGAUUUAGGACGUUAAAAAGAGGGACUUCGAGGGGGGUCCGAUAGCGUACAGGACCUAGGAGGUCGCCAAGGACUGGAGGACUCGAAAAGGCUUAGCUCGCGACGAUCGGCCAUUGCGUUUGUUAAUAUAUGCCAAAACCGACAGCAGCACGAUUGGACGAGCGAUGUGUCGCGUCUUAUUUAAUUAAGGGAAAACCAGGUCUAACGUGACCGACGUUGUAUAUUAAUUCGUAUGGUGAAUAACGAAGGGUGGAAUCCCUCGGUCGAGAGCCCUACCGAGCGAGGCAACGUGGGUAGCCCAUUGUUGAAGUAUUAUAAUAUAUAUAUGUACAUGUAUUUAUAUAUAUAUAUAUCUGCAUUUAUAUAUAUAAAUAUACGUACAACCGAUAUUGCAUUAACGUAUACAUACUACAUAGUCGUACGGAUUUACCCGAUCAUUAAAACGAGAUACGCGUAGGACGAGGAAAUUAAUAGGUGGUCCCCGUUAAUGUUCUGUCGCUGUACUGUUCCGAUAUAUCUUAAUUAGAUAGUUAACGAAUCAUGUAAACAAAUUAAGGCUACGAUACUCAUAUUAUUAUGGAUGUAACGCGAGUCGAGGAAUCGCGAUAUGUUACUAUGGAUAUAGUUAUUACGAUACUGUUGCAAGGUCUAAUGUGAUUUGCUUCGCGUACGCAGCUGGGUCGGUCGGUCGCUCCAAGACUGUCGAUCGCGGUUUCAGGCGAGGAGUUUCGACAACGAGCUGGUACUCUUGAUUAUUCGUAGUUAAUUGCUGGCCAUGGUAUCGAUCGCUCGGCGUUCUUCUACUAUCAACGGGGGAGGACGCCGUCGAAAAGUACGUUAAGACGCGACAAAUCUAGGCUUUAAGGGAUCUCGCUCGGCUUGGGCGCAGCUGCGUACUUCUAGCGAUCUAAGAGUGUUACGAGAGAUUUGCUGUGUACAGGGGUAGAGGGUAGAGGGUCGUAGUUGGGAGGUCGAAGCAGCGUGCUGUGCUAGUCUGUCUAACUCUAUAUCAAAAUGUUACUGGAGUACAACUCGGACGAGCGGUAGACCAAAUUGGGAGGGGGCGAGUCUUGCGUUUAGUCGGAUUUUUAGCGUCGUCGAGAGUUGAUAUUCGCCGAGGUCCAAUAGCUGACGUUAGAAAUGUUCUACGGUUGAACGGAGAUAUUUCUAGGAUUUUCCGGAGAGACGGGGGUGACUCGUCUUUCCUCGCGGUAACCUUGUCUCUUUCGGAACGUCGGCCGCGAUCUUCCCACCAGUUGUUUUCUUUUUUUCUACGAGUUUCUAGGUUCUCCUUUCGCGCCUCACUAUUUUUGUAUUACUGUCCCCCGACGACUGAUGCGUUGCAGUUUCUAGCCCUAUCUCGAGUACCGAGGGUUUCUCCGGGAAGUCGAAAGUCUUUUCAGGCGGAUACCGAUCGCCUCCUGGGAGAUGUCCUUUUCACUCGGGAUUUCGAUGCAGGGAUUGGAACUGCUAAAUGGGGCGAUGGAAAUGCCCGGCGAAAUUUAAUCACGGUCCAUUAUACUAAUUUAUCUGAUUCUGGAAUUCACCCUAAUCACUUUCCGUUUAAGCGUAAUGUAUUUAUAGUAGACGUUUGGCUGCAACGAAGGCGAUCCAUUUCGUGAUCCCGGAAACCAUUUCUGGAGAUAUCCGAGCGCGUUCGCAGUCGAUGGAAAAGAUUUAUCUUUUACACCUGCCGGCCAUUUUGUUUAGCAGUUGCAAUCCAGUGUACGUCCCUUAGAUUACUUAUAUUUUGCGUUAUACGGAUCUGGGGUUCCUUGGUGUGAUUGUCAGGAGAAAUUAGCUGAGAAAAUGGGUAGACCUGUAAGUCGGAUGCUGAACGUGAAACGGUACAAGGAAUAAGUAACCCCCAGUAGGUUUAGCAUAGCAAACGGUUAAUGGUGCAUUCGUAUGGCUACCUGGAGAUGUAAUAUAAAUCAUAAUUUAGCGUUAGGUAGGGAAAUGAUGUAGUCUCUGUUUAAAACGGCCACUAGAAGCCAGCGGAAAAGACUCGACAACGUCUGCCUCCUGUUAAAGUCCGUCAGCGUAUUUUCACCGUGCACGUACGUCUGUACAUGACAAACUCAUUACGUCACUUAUCCGUCAUAUCGCGUUAAAUUAACGACGAGCCGCACCGGUUGGUCAGAUAUUUUCCGACAUGUUGAAGUCGUUGCAUAUCCGAGAUAUUAUGCCGUCCGGUCGGGACUCUCGACCGGCUAAUGGCCAGUUUCAGGUAAUACUUGCUAUAACAUUUGGUCGGGGAACAGAUUUAUCAAUACAACAAAAACGUUGCACCUCGAGAUGUCAAGUAACUGUUUUGUGAUCCUCUUUGCACUUUAAAUUCCGCCUUAAAUGGUUCCACAUUUACUGCGGUGUAAAUUCAUACGAUAUCGUUUAGUGCGACAACAAAUCGUGUAACUAAAUCUUCGCAAUAUGAUUAGAAGUUAAGAACGAACCAAAUGUUUUUUCUUUUUUUUUUUUUCUUUUUCUCGGGAGGUAGGAAAUUGAACGAUACAUGUGUAUAUAUAUAUAUAUUUUUUGAAUUAAUUUUUUACCCUCGGUCGCUACUACGGAGGUCGGGAAUUAUUAAUAAUAAGCGGAGAGAAGCUGGUAGCGAUUUUCAAAUGUCAAUGCAUGUCAUCGAUUAAUUUCAGCAUGAAUUAAGUCUUUCAUUACCUUUCACGUCUUCCGACAGUUUAUCGUCAACCGCUGUCGCUGGAAUUUCAAGGCAGUUUAUUUGAUCUCUCGAGACACAUAGGUCCGUAUUAAUAGAUAUCUAAACCUACUGGUUAUUAAGUGUAACAGGACAAUAUUACGUGUACUAUCCGUAUUCUAUCGCAAACUACGAAAUCUUGUAACCUGUACUCUAUAGCGUAAUAAGUUACCCCUAGAGACGGAUAAUAAAAUAGAAAAUCUAUCGGCUAGUCGUGCAACGACCAUCGGGAAAGGAAGGGAGCUCGAUGAUUUCCCCUCGAUUUUUCAGUUUACACGUGCGAUUUCCUUUUACGAACAGUUCUCCCGACGAUUUCCUUUGUUUCUUUUCGGUAAUACUAUCAGGCGACGAGUCCAUUUGGUCCGUUUUCCACGACUAGCUAAUCGUGCAGAGCUCCGGGAAAAGCUUCACUGUUAAUUAGUUUUAAUAUCGUACACCGUCUAUGCUUGUACAUGAAUAAUAUAAAUACGAGAUGAGACUAAUAUAAAGGAAGAGAUACGAUGUCUCGCUAUGUAUGUGCAUACGUGCAUACGUACUGCACACUUAAUGCUACGCAAUACGUGUCUACGUGCGGCCGCCUCGAUUCCUUCAUAGGGAGUACUGCUCGCGUUAGAAGGUGCAAAAUUCGCAAGAUAUGCUUUCGUGUUAUUAAUAUUACUUUGCGGCCAGGGGGAAUACCAAAUAUCGGGUGUAACGACCGACCUGUCUGAAAGCUCUAUGUUAAAUUAUAUGCGACUUAAGAAGCGCGUCAAAGUUAUUCCGCGCGAAAUCCAAAAUGGCGGCGCCCGACCUGCGGAUCCAAAAUGCCGUCUCGCGAGUUCUAUCAAAGAUAUCUCGCCCGUGACGAAAAUUCCUGUUUCUAAUUAUCAACGCGACUAUAUAUAUAUAUAUUAAUGAAAAAUCGAAUUCGAGCAUGCAAAUAGGGUUUAAAGUUCCAAAAUGGCGUGAAAGUCGGCCGCCUCGCUUCAGGCUUUACUUGUCCGCGCUCGGAGGGGAGAGUAAUUGUACAUUAUACAUUGCAUAUUACGUAAGUCGGUAAUUAUCGAGGCGAGAGAUUGUGCUUGAAUUAUUCGGCGCUUCUCGUUAGCCCGCGACGCGACGUCGUGGAUAAUGGAAUAACGCGUCGCGUUAUCACGAGCCCGAGUUACGCCCGAUAUCUCGUUCCCCCCUGUAAUCUGACGGCUCGUUUAGCCAUUGCUCGGAUGCGUUGAGUUUGCUAUGUUUUUGUAAAAAGGAAAAUUGUUAGUGUAUGCGAGGGCGGGAGUCCCUUACUCCAGUGGGAACGAUCGAACGGAAAUCGACGUAUGUACCGAAAAUGGCGCGAGGACGCCACUUGACAUUCCAAUUCGUCCGUUUUCGAGGCGUAUAUUGUAUUAAGCGGUGCAUAAAACGCCGCGCGUCGGAAACGGAAGUUGUGACGAGCGAAUCUUCAGGGCCGCCAUGACCAAUCGGAAUUCGGGCUCCGAUUGCAAUCGACCGCCAUUCGAUUAAUCUCUUUGCAUGGCUCCAAGUGCAAAUGGCCGAGGGCCUCGAGUUUAAUGAGAAAUUACAUUUUCGCCUGUAAUUCUUCCCGACGAGCUGCGUCGCCGUCGGACCCUACCGAAAGGCAUACUUAUAUUAACGAUCACGAUUAUUUACAAUUAUUUUUUAUCAUUACCAUUAAUAUUAUUCUACGGAUACGUUGUAAUAUUUACUGUGUAGCACAUCAAUGGCGUUUAAUAGAGUAUUUAUUGAAAUCA